CCUCUGCACACACUCCAGCCACCCCUCUCCCAUCUCUCUCUGGCUUGCUUUGCUCUAGCUCUCUCUCUCUAACACACAAAUAGGUUAGAGGGAAACGGACACACAAAGCGAGAGGAACGGAGACGCGAGGAUUAAAACAAAACAAAACGCAAUCGCCUGGAGAAACCCCCGACUUGUCUGACUCCUAAUUGGAUGUGCGGACGGCGGCGAGGGAGAGACUCGCAGCACCCUUUGCUUCAACCCCCACCUCUUUUUGCCACAGGGGAAGGCUACACACACACACACACACAGACACUCGAUGAAAAGCAGCAGCUAGGCCGCACGUCAUUAGUUCUCGCUGGCCAAGCACCGACAAAAGGAGAAGCCUGGAAACCCGUCAGCUGCGUCUGGGUGCGUUUUCGAGGUCAACCAGGGCCGUCUUUUUGUCCGCGACGAGAAAGGGGAAAGCGGUGUUGAUGUCAAGCGGCGGCGUGGAAUAGCGUCACUCCUGGGGGGUCGAAAUGGUGCCGCCGCCGCCGAGGGGAUUACAGCAGAGCAGGAAAGCCGAGCUCGCUCUUCGGAUGGAGGGAAGGAAGAGGAUUUAAAGCGACGCUUAGUCGGGAGCCGAUAGGACCCUUGUUUGGAUUCAACACCAGCAUCACCUGGAAAAAAAAAAUAAAAAAUUAAUAUUCUGAAGGAGAGGUAGCUUGAAAGUUGCACUACUACCGGGUCAGAGUGGAGUGGGAGGAGCCUGGGCUUGUUUUUUCCUGCCAACCCCCCCUCCUCCGCCCCGCCCCUUUCCAUUACCAUCUGCCCGCUAAGCGCCGGAGCACAUUUUUUUGUUUGUUUGUUUGUUUUUGUUUUUUUUUUAAUUAUCGUCGCUUCCCCCAACAUGCUGUUCAUGUUACCUUGACGCUGCCUUCCUCGGGUGUGUUCGGGGCCAACAAGCGAUGGCCAUGGUGAGCGGCGGCUGGGGCGACCCCAAUGGCGGCACCAACGGCCUGGGGGACAAGAGCUACCUGAAGAGGGAGGACGACGACGGCGGCUCCCCCCAGGCGGGCGGCAGCGACAUGGAGGCCGGGGAGGACGACAAGGCCUGCGUGCUGGACUGCGUGGUGUGCGGGGACAAGUCGAGCGGGAAACAUUACGGCGUGUUCACCUGCGAGGGCUGCAAGAGCUUCUUCAAAAGGAGCGUCCGACGUAACCUCAGCUACACGUGCAGGUCAAACCGGGAGUGUCAGAUUGACCAGCAUCACCGCAACCAAUGCCAAUACUGUCGCCUCAAGAAGUGCUUCCGCGUGGGCAUGCGCAAAGAAGCAGUUCAACGCGGUCGCAUCCCACCUCAGCCUAGCCUCAGCCCCACCCUCACGCCUUUAGGUGGCGCCAGCGGCCUGGGCGGCGGCGAGUUCUACAACAACAACAACAACAACGGCGGCGGUCAGCCGGUGUCGGAGCUCAUCUCCCAGCUGCUGCGAGCCGAGCCGUACCCCAACAGCCGCUACGGGCACCAGUACAACCAGCAGGCGGGGCCCGAUAACGCCAUGGGCAUCGACAACAUCUGCGAGUUGGCGGCACGGCUGCUCUUCAGCACGGUGGAGUGGGCGCGCAACAUCCCCUACUUCCCUGAGCUGCCCGUGUCCGAUCAGGUGGCGCUGCUGAGGCUGAGCUGGAGCGAGCUAUUCAUCCUCAACGCCGCCCAGUCGGCCUUGCCGCUCCACAUGGCGCCCCUGCUGGCGGCGGCGGGCUUCCACUCGUCGCCCAUGUCGGCGGAGCGCGUGGUGUCCUUCAUGGACCAGGUGAGGGUGUUCCAGGACCAGGUGGACAAGCUGACCCGGCUGCAGGUGGACUCGGCCGAGUACAGCUGUCUCAAGGCCAUCGCGCUCUUCUCACCAGACGCCUGCGGUCUGACCGAUCCGGUCCACGUGGAGUCUCUGCAGGAGAAGGCUCAGGUGGCCCUGACCGAGUACGAGAGGAUGCAGUACCCCAGUCAGCCUCAGCGCUUCGGCCGCCUCCUCCUGCGUCUGCCGGCCCUGCGCGCCGUGCCCGCCAGCCUCAUCUCCCAGCUCUUUUUCAUGCGCCUCGUGGGGAAGACCCCCAUCGAGACGCUGAUCCGAGACAUGCAGCUCUCCGGAAGCUCCAUCAGCUGGCCCUACGUGCCGGGGCAGUAGCCCGGGAUCAGUGACGGCCCGGAACGGACCCGCGGGAACCCUCCUGACUCAUCGCUGUCCAUCUGUCUGGUUAUCCAACCAGGGUGCCAGCCGGCUAUCAUAUGUGCUGUAAUGUAACCGCUCAAUGCCCCGCUGUCGCGUCACCCACAAACUGUCUCCACACGGGCUUCUUGAGAAGUCAGACUCACCUAUGAGAACAUGAGGACAUGACCAAGCAGGUGGGCUCACAUGCAUGGUACUGAUGAAGUGAGUGAGCACCUGCAGGGGUUUUGGGGAGAGGACUCGGGCAGGGGGGUCAAAAAGAAACCAAGGAAAAUUCACCAAAGUUCAUCCUCAGAUUGAUGCACAAAAAAGACGAGGACCGAGUGGAUGAAGUCGUGCACAAGGCUCGUAGUCCGGAAGAAAACAGACUAUUACCUCACGAGACAUCAGAAUGCUUUAGUCUGAUAUUUCAACAAAUUCCAACCAGAACCUCUCUAAAUGUUUCCUCACCAGAAACCGCCUUCUUUUCGACAACCGCCUUGCUCCUGGUGAACAUCCGCCGCUUCUUUUCGCAGCAUCCAGGAAGUGCUCGCACGCUUUUUUUUUUACUCGUUUCGUUAUCGCAAAAUGGAAUACAUUCAUUUUGUCCCUCAAAAUUCUACACACAAUACCGCAUGAUGAAAAUCGAGGCUUUAAUUUGAAAAUGUAUUUAAAAAACUAAAAAAAUAUAUCACAAUGACUAUGUAGAAUUUUGAGGACAACAUUGAAUGUAUUCCAUUUUGGAAUAAGACCGAAAUGUAACAAAAUGUAGGGGAAAACAUUGUCCUCAAAAUUCUACACAUAAUACCCCCGUCAUGACGAUGACAUUUUUUUUUUAGUUUAUUUGCAAAUUUAUUCAAAAGAAAAAAAAACAUAUUUUUGCUCAAUACUUAGUUGGUGCAGCAAUUCCAGUCUCAAGUCUUUUGAAUACAAUCUUGGCACACCUAUCUUUGGGCAUGUUAUAUGCACAUGUUUUUUUUAAAAAUCCUUAAUAAAUUUGCAAACAUUAAAAAAAAAAUAACUCACCUGGUCAUUAUAGGGUAUUGUGUGUAGAAUUUUGAGGACAACAUUGAAUGUAUUCCAUUUUGGAGUAAGACGAACGUAACAAAAUUAAGAAAAUGUGUGAGUACUUAUUUUGUCCUCAAAAUUCUACACACAAUACCCCCGUCAUGACGAUGACAUUUUUUUUUUGUUUAUUUACAAAUUUAUUAAAAAGAAAAAAAACAUAUUUUUGCUCAAUACUUAGUUGGUGCAUCUUUGGCCGCAAUUCCAGUCUCAAGACUUUUUUAAUAUGAGCUUGGCACCUAUAUUUGGGCACGUUAUAUGCACGAUUAUAAAAAAAAUCCUUAAUUAAUUAGCAAACAUAAAAAAAAAACGAAUUCACAUGGUCAUUAUAGGGUAUUGUGUGUAGAAUUUUGAGGACAACAUUGAAUGUAUUCCAUUUUGGAGCAAGGCGAACGUAAAAAAGUGAAGAAAAUGUGUGAGUACUUAUUUUGUCCUCAAAAUUCUACACACAAUACCCCCAUCAUUAUGAUGACAUUUUUUUCUUUUAGUUUAUUUGCAAAUUUAUUAAAAAGAAAAAAAAACUUAUUUUUGCUCAAUACUUAGUUGGUGGACCCUUCCAGUCUCAAGUCUUUUUGAAUACGAGCUUGGCACACCUACCUUUGGGCACGUUAUAUGCAUGUUUUUUUUUAAAUCCUUAAUAAAUUUGCAAACAUUAAAACAAUAAUAACUCACCUGGUCAUUAUAGGGUAUUGUGUGUAGAAUUUUGAGGACAACAUUAAAUGUAUUCCAUUUUGGAGUAAGACGAACGUAACAAAAUGAAGAAAAUGUGUGAGUGAGUACUUAUUUUGUCCUCAAAAUUCUACACACAAUACCCCCAUCAUUAUGACGACAUUUUUUUUUUUUAGUUCAUUUGCAAAUUUAUUAAAAAGAAAAAAAACAUAUUUUUGCUCAAUACUUAGUUGGUGCACCUUUGGCCGCAAUUCCAGUCUCAAGUCUUUUUGAACACAAGCUUGGCACACCUAUCUUUGGCCACGUUAUAUGCACAUGUUUUUUUUUUUAAUCCUUAAUAAAUUUGCAAACAUUAAAAAAAAUAAUAACUCACUUGGUCAUCAUAGGGUAUUGUGUGUAGAAUUUUGAGGACAACAUUAAAUGUAUUCCAUUUUGGAGUAAGACGAACGUAACAAAAUGAAGAAAAUGCGUGAGUGAGUACUUAUUUUGUCCUCAAAAUUCUACACAUAAUACCUCCGUCAUGACAAUAACAUUUUUUUUUGUUUAUUUGCAAAUGUAUUAAAAAGAAAAAAAACAUAUUUUUGCUCAAUACUUAGUUGGUGCACCUUUGGCAGCAAUUCCAGUCUCAAGUCUUUUUUAACACAAGCUUGGCACCUAUAUUUGGGCACGUUAUAUGCACAUGUUGUUUUUUAAAAUCCUUAAUAAAUUUGCAAACAUAAAAAAAAAAAAUGAAUUCAUAUGGUCAUUAUAGGGUAUUUUGUGUAGAAUUUUGAGGAACACAUUAAAUGUAUUCCAUUUUGGAGUAAGACGAACGUAACAAAAUGAAGAAAAUGUGUGAGUACUUAUUUUGUCCUCAAAAUUCUACACAUAAUACCCCCAUCAUGAUGAUGAAUAUUUUAAUUUUUUUAGUUUAUUUGCAAAUUUAUUAAAAAUAAUAAAAACAUAUUUACACACAUUUUCACAGCCUUUGCUCAAUACUUAGUUGGUGCACAUUUGGCAGUAAUUCCAGUCUCAAGUCUUUUGAAAUUUGAUGCCACAGGCUUGGCACACCUAUCUUUGGGUACUUUAUAUGCACAUGUGAUUUUUUUUAUCUUAAUACAUUUGCAAACAAAUAAAAAUGUCAUAAUGGGGUAUUGUGUGUAGAAUUUUGAGGACAACAUUGAAUGUAUUCCAUUUUGGAAUGAGACUAACGCAACAAAAUGUAGAAAAUGUGAGUACUUAUUUUAUCCUCAAAAUUCUACACACAAUACCCCCAUCAUGAUGAUGAUGAUGUUUUUAUUUAUUUAUUUGCAACUGUAUUAAAAAAAAACAACAACAUAGAGUGGGGCAAAAAAGUAUUUAGUCAGCCACGGAUUGUGCAAGUUCUCCCACUUAAAAUGAUGACAGAGGUCUGUAAUUUUCAUCAUAGGUACACUUCAACUGUGAGAGACAGAAUGUGGAAAAAAAAUUCACAUUGUAGGAAUUUCAAAGAAAUUAUUUGUAAAUUAUGGUGGAAAAUAAGUAUUUUGUCGACCAUUCAAAGCUCUCACUGAUGGAAGGAGGUUUUGGCUCAAAAUCUCACGAUACAUGGCCCCAUUCAUUCUUUCCUUAACACGGAUCAAUCGUCCUGUCCCCUUAGCAGAAAAACCGCCCCAAAGCAUGAUGUUUCCACCCCCAUGCUUCACAGUAGGUAUGGUGUUCUUGGGAUGCAACUCAGUAUUCUUCUUCCUCCAAACACCACGAGUUGAGUUUAUACCAAAAAGUUAUAUUUUGGUUUCAUCUGACCACAUGACAUUCAUCCACGUGCUCUCUGGCAAACUUCAGACGAGCCUGGACAUGCACUGGCUUAAGCAGGGGGGACACGUCUGGCACUGCAGGAUUUGAUUCCCUGUCAGCGUAACCUUUGUCACUUUGGGCCCAGCUCUCUGCGGGUCAUUCACCAGGUCCCCCCGUGUGGUUCUGGAAUUUUUGCUCACCGUUCUCAUGAUCAUUUUGACCCCACGGGAUGAGAUCUUGUUUGGAGCCUCAGAUCGAGGGAGAUUAUCAGUGGUCUUGUAUGUCUUCCAUUUUCUGAUAAUUGCUCCCACAGUUGAUUUUUUCACACCAAGCUGCUUGCCUAUUGUAGAUUCAAUCUUCCCAGUCUGGUGCAGGUCUACAAUUCUUUUCCUGGUGUCCUUCGACAGCUCUUUGGUCUUGGCCAUAGUGGAGUUUGGAGUCUGACUGUUUGAGGCUGUGGACAGGUGUCUUUUAUACAGAUAACGAGUUCAAACAGGUGCCAUUAAUACAGGUAACGAGUGGAGGACAGAAGAGCUUCUUAAAGAGGUCUGUGAGAGCCAGAGAUCUUCCUUGUUUGAAGUGACCAAAUACUUAUUUUCCACCAUAAUUUACAAAUAAAUUCUUUAAAAUUCCUACAAUGUGAAUUCCUGGAUUUUUUUUUUCACAUUCUGUCUCUCACAGUUGAAGUGUACCUAUGAUGAAAAUUACAGACCUCUGUCAUCAUUUGAAGUGGGAGAACUUGCACAAUCGCUGGCUGACUAAAUACUUUUUUGCCCCACUGUAUGUUGUUGUUGUUGUUGUUUUUUUAAUAAAGUUGCAAGUAAUAAAAAAAAAAACAUCAUCAUGAUGGGGGUAUUGUGUGUAGAAUGUUGAGGAUAAAAUAAGUACUCAUGUUUUCUACAUUUUGUUGGAAUCAGACUAAUGUUACAAAAUGUAUAAAAUGUGAGUACUUUUUUUGUCCUCAAAAUUCUACACACAAUACCCCCAUUAGUUUGCAAAUGUAUUGAAAAAUAAACAUUUACACAUGUUUUCACAGCCUUCGCUCAAUAUUUGGUGCACUUUUGGCGACAAUUCCAGUCACAAUUAUUUUUAAAUACAAACUUGGCACACCUAUCUUUGGCCACUUUAUGCAUGUGUGAUUUUUUUUUAAAUCCUUAGUAAAUUUGCAAAGAGUAAACAAAAAAAUAUAUGGUCAUUAUGGGGUAUUGUGUGUAGAAUUUUGAGGACAACAUAGUCUUAUUCCAAAAUGGAAUACAUUCAAACCUAAAAAUGUAGAAAAUUUCUCCUCAAAAUUCUACACAUGAAAAUCGUGAUGAUUUUUUUUUUUUGGGGUUAAAAAUAAAAUAAUUCACAUGGUCAUUAUGGGGUAUUGUGUGUAGAAUUUUGAGGACAACAUAGUCUUAUUCCAAAAUGGAAUACAUUCAAACGUAAAAAUGUAGAAAAUUUGUCCUCAAAAUUCUACACAUGAAAAUCGUGAUUUUUUUUUUUUUGUUAAAAAUAAAAUAAUUCACAUGGUCAUUAUGGGGUAUUGUGUGUAGAAUUUUGAGGACAACAUAGUCUUAUUCCAGAAUGGAAUACAUUCAAACGUAAAAAUGUAGAAAAUUUGUCCUCAAAAUUCUACACACAAUAUCCCUAUCAUGAUGACGAUUUUUUUUUUUUUUAGUUAAAAAUAAAAUAAUUCACAUGGUCACUAUGGGGUAUUGUGUGUAGAAUUUUGAGGACAACAUUGAAUGUAUUCCAUUUUGGAAUAAUAAAAUGCGCAAAAGGUGUGAGUACUUUCCGGAUGCGCGUUGGAAAGUCGGGAUGGAAAAAAACAACAACAAAAAACGAGUUUCUACCUAACACUAAAGAAUUCACUUCGAGCGAGGAUCCUUUUGUGUAAAUAUCCACUUUUCUUUGCAUGGAUUGAGUUUUUGGAUCGUCCCUGAGUUGUUUCACUCCUUUUUAACGGAACUAAAGGUUCCCGUUUCAAUGUUGCAAGUGUUGCUUUCUGUGAGUUGCUCGACGUGUUUACGUGAAACCACCUUUUGGCUGGCGACUUUCCUUUGGGACGAUGAACCGCACAAGGAGGGAUAUUUCUAACCAAAACGCCACAAAAGACGGUCCGUGAUCCGGCGCCAGGAUUUACCUCCCGCUCCUUAUUUCUGUUAAAUUAUAAAACCGCCCACGCAAAUUCCAGCCUGAUUAUUUCCUUCUUGCUUUAUUCGAAACUGAACAUUCUUUUAGUCAUGACGCAUUUAAGUUUAGACGCACAGUCCCGCUUCUCCUUUUUGUGUUCCUACCUUUCUGGUUUUGUACGUGUAUGACAAGGUGAUUAAAAGAAUCUCAAGAGAAUUGUCUUUUGUUACGUUUGUCGGAUCCGACGGUGUGAUGACAUGCAGCUGUAUGACCAAAUGCCAAAUAAACACUGCGACAUGCACCACGAA